AUGGGGUCUCUUGCGCCCGACUCUCGGCCGUCUACUCGGGCAUUCCCACCUGGAAUUCACGUCCCAUCUCUCACCUGGUUCAAAGGCGACGAUUCACAGACGGUUGAUUGGAGCCUGCAGGACAGCCACCUAAAAUUCCUGAUUGAGUCUGGUCUGCACGGAAUUGUAAUUGCUGGCACGAACGGCGAGGCUGCAGCUCUUUCAGCAGAUGAAAAAUUCGAGCUUGUUCGUCGAACGCGUCAGACCGCCCGUUCUUCAGGGAAACCUGAUCUGCCUGUAACGGUUGGUUGCAACGGUGGCUGCACUCGUGCCGUGAUUGAGGAUACCGUGGCAGCCGCAGCAGCAGGAGCAGAUUAUGCAUUGGUCCUGGUCCCAAGCUACUUCCACUUUGCAUUGGACGACUCGGCGAUAAGCGAAUUUUUCCUGGAGGUUGCCGACAAAUCUCCCAUUCCUAUCGUUAUCUACAACUUUCCUGGCGUUGUCAGCGGGUUGGAUGUCAACAGCGAAAUGCUGGAUGUGCUUGGGCAGCAUCCGAAUAUCGUGGCCGUGAAGUUGACUUGCGGAGGUAUUGCCAAGGUCGCGAGAGUUGCUGCCAAAUUUGGUGCAUUCCAAGAUGGACAGGAGAACGGAGAAUUCCGCACAUUAGCUGGACAGAGUGACUGGCUGGUACCAGCUCUUGGUGUCGGAGGCGCAGGUUGCAUCACAGGAUUGGCAAAUCUGUAUCCUAAGGCAUGUAUAGAAAUGUAUGAUCUAUGGAUGGCAGGGAAGGUGAAGGAGGCAAACACGCUUCAGAUCGAGAUUUCAAAAUGCGAAAUUGGAUUUGGAACAGCAGGGAUAAACGGCACCAAAUGGGUUGUGGCCAGCAUGAGAGGCUACUCAGAGGAUUCCUCGCACUGCCGAAGGCCGUACCCGAAGUUCAAAGAUGAGAAGAAGAAAGCAUGGCUGGUGGAGAAGAUGCACCUAUGCGGCCAUAUUGAGAGUGAUCUGAUGAAGAAGACUUGCUCAUGA